ACACUUGAACUCGCCUGCUAGUGACAAUUUCUCGCCGGCCGGCCGCCACGCCCUGGACGGCACGGCAGCUCGCCCGAUCUGGUCACGCCAGACGCCACACUGUCAUCACCGUCGUCGUCAUCGUCCGGCCAACAUCCUAUUUAUAGAUGGAAACUUAACUAGGAGAGCAGCACUGGCAUAGAUACACAGAGCUGUUGAUUGACAGAGGGGCGCUCGAGCUCACCGUUGAUCGGACGAACAUGUCGGGCGACUGGGGCCCGGUGCUGAUCGCGACGGCCUUCUUCGUGGUGAUGCUGCCGGGGCUGAUCUGCGAGAUCCCCGGCGGCGGGGGCCGCGGCCGGCCCGAGUUCCACAGCAUGAAGACCAACGGCAUCGCCAUGUUCGUCCACACCGUCAUCUUCUUCGCCUUCUGCGCCAUCUUCAUGGUCGCCGUCGGCGUCCACGUCUACGCCGGCUAAACCUCCCGCACUCCACACACCACCAGCUAGCUAGUAGUGCUAGUGUGAGCAAGAGAUCCAUCGUGUGUGUUCCAUGUUUGUAUUUUUUACUCUAUUUAUAAUCUAUAUGCUCAGGAUUGUCUGUCA